CAGCAGUUAAGUGUUAUUAAUGGUGAAAGAUUGAAUUCUGGUCAUCUUGCUGUCGAGUUUGUUCCUUUAAGAGUGUGUUGUUGCUUUCACUUUCACUAUGAAGCCAUCGACGCCUUUGUUGUUGCCUUUUUCUUCUGUUAGAGGCUACUUGUGCUAUGUUUAAAAUAUUUGCAUUUUGUAACGCAUCUAUUCCAGAAUCAAGAAGCAAAGUAAUACCUUUGUCUUGUCAGCAAUUUUGUGAGCAAUAUUUUAUAGGCUGUCUUUUCAAGUUUGCAUAAUAUAGGUACUUCCCUAGUCGCAUUAGUGGUGGUUGUGCGUCAUCUUUCCAGUCCAGUGCCCUAAAGUUCCCUUUAACUUGAGAGUAACUCCAUUACGUCGAUUCAAGCAAAGUCCAUGGCUGUUCCAGAUCAACGUCAACUUCAUGAGAUUAAUCAAAUCGCCGAGGCUCUCAGCAGCUGUGAACGCAGGAAGCUCUUAUACCUGUGUGGAAGUUUGGACACGGAUCACAGUGUUGCAUGUGUGAAGGAGAAACUGAAGUCUCAAGUGCUGCGCCAGGAGAGAGGACACCUGCUCCUGAGAGAGCUGAUGUUGCAGCUCGGACGUUCUGAUAUCUUGAGGAAGGUUUGUAAAACCAGCCGGGAUGAUGUGAAUGGCACUCUGACGUACACACCGUGUCUUCCACGAUUCAGGGUAUUGAUGGCUAACAUAAGUGAAGAUAUGGCCAAUGAUGAUCUGGCCAGUGUAAAGUUCUUAUUAAGCAGCACAUUGCCACGUGAAAAGAUGGAGAAGAUAAAGAAUUUCUUGGAUGUGAUCAUUGAGCUUGAAAAGCUGGAUAAAAUUUCCCCUGAAAGAGUGGACUUUGUGGAAGAAUGUUUGAGGAACAUCAACAGGGUGGACCUAGCCAAAAAAGUGAUCAAAUACAAGACAUCAGUUUCAACAUCUGAACGACAAUCCCCCCAGCAGCAAAUGCUAAGUGCUCCUCGUCCAGUUACCACACUGUACAACUCUCUUCCCUCACGCCAAAUAAGACAAGCACAGUCCAUCCACAGAGUUCCACAAAAUGUGCUUGGGACUUCAUACAGAGAGCAGAGCUGUCAGAGUCAACUUGACAGUUAUAAAUUCAGCACUAAUCCCAGGGGUGUUUGUGUUAUCAUAGACUGCGUUGGAAACGAUGGAGACAUGUUGGAGCAGACAUUCAAGGAUCUACAAUUCAAUGUCCUCCUCCACAAGUGGCUGAGUGUGGAAGCCACUCUCUCAGCUCUCAGAGACACGUUCAGAAACAGAGAGAACCUCCUGACUGACAGCUUCGUCUGUUGCAUCAUUAGCCGGGGUACUGAAAACCAUCUCCUGGGUACAGACUCCAAUGUUGCAGGUCUUGGUCUGGACAGCAUCAGGCGUCUUUUCACUGCAGACUCAUGCCCCAUGCUGGCUGGCAAGCCCAAACUCUUCUUCAUCCAGAGGUACAGCGUGCCCGAGGUUCAGCACUGUGCCGGGACUCAGCACCGGGAUGAGGAUCUGGAGACAGAUGGGGCAUCCAGAUAUGAUGUCAUACCUACAGAGGCAGAUGUGUUCUGGAGUCACUGCUGGACAGAUGAGAGGCAGCUCGUACAGGGACCCCAUCGUUCUGUUUACCUGAAGGCUCUGACUGACGCCUUGCACAAAGGCCAAAGGAGGAAAACACAUCUUGUUGAUAUUCAUACUGAGGUGAAUGGAGCCAUCUUUGAACACAACAGGAGGAACCCCGGAGCAACCUACAACUUUGAUCUAAAACAUACUCUCCGGAAAGAUCUGUACUUACAGUAGAGAAUGUAUCAUCACCACUUUCAUUUAUCUCUUCUCUACUGUCAGCUACUUUUUUCAUUAUUAUAGCCAUAUAUUCUUGCCAAAGAAAAACAUUUUUUUUAUUUUGCAUACACUGACAUCUACUGGCUGUGUUAUCUAACAGCACUUAAACUUAUUUUUUCAGUUUUUGCAUAUAUAUUAGCACUCCGUAUUUAAAUCUUUUUAUUUAAACUGUAAUGAUUGAUCUCAAUAUCGGACUUAGUCAUGUACAACUUUUUAUGUUCUCAAAUGUGACUUAUUUUCAGAGUUGAAGGAUUAAUGUGAAUGGUUAAUUUCCGUCCUCUAAUAGUGCAGCUAUAACAGUCACAUGCAGGCUCCAUUCUGUUAUUCUUUAUUAUAUUUAUAAAUGUUAAAGCCUGUGCAGAAAUGUGAAUGCAAUGCAAGAUGAAGAAAAUAAUUAAUUAUGUUUGUCCAUACAUUCAUAUUUCUAAUACUCUAUUAAACAGUUUUUGUUUAUUUUUCUUUAAUACCUAUUUUCUUUUUCAUAUUAUUUUCUUUUUUAUGUGAAGAACUUUUUUAUUUUUUUUAAAAAUGUAACAAGCACGACACUACUAAGGUUAUAUAUAUUUACCUAUAUCUGCUAGUUUCCAGUAUAUCAGCAAAUUCAAGGUGCCAUUAUACAUUUGAAUGUACAAUAGAAAUAAUUAUCAUGAUUAUAGAGAGGCAAAAGCUACUAAAGGUAAGUAAGUUGUGAAUUUAAUGUAUGCAUUCAUAGGUACUUUUUUAGCAUUAUAGUACAAGAUUGUACUUAUUCCAGAUUCCCAAAUUGUAUUUUUUAUAUUUACCAUUUUCAUUUUGCAAUUCUCUUUUUGUUCGGUAUUAUACAUUUCUCUUAAUAAAUGAAGAUAUGGGUGAUCAAUUUGUUACUUGAAGUCUAGUUUCAGCAUUGGCAGGACCAAACUCCUAACAGCUGUCAGUCAUCACUUUAUGCUCUGCUCCCAUGGUCUUUGCUCUUUGCAACCCCCCUCCACUUCAUGUCCUCUUUACCUUUUUUAAACCAAUAAGCAGCAUUACCUUCAGGUAAACUGCUGUUUACUUGUUGCUGUUUACUUGUUUGUUCCCCACAUAGCCCAUAACAGUAAAAGUGAGCAUCAGCAACAACCUUGAUCAUUUAUAUACUGCUCUGUUUUAUUCUUAUAACUCCUGCUGUGGGCGGGUGUUAAAUGGACUGAGUUAAAGCAAGCAGAAGUAGUUGGUGGCAUUAUGUGUUUUACAAUGAGUGAUACACUUAACUGUUAAUAACAGGAUGGGAUUUUUCAUCCAAAAAGAACAAAAUAAAACACAAUUGUAAACAUCCAAAAA